AUGGGUGUUCACAGAUUCCUUUGCCACGCGACUACAGAUCCUGCUCUCGACUCUUACAGGAAGGUCAGCGCAAAGAAGGUAACUGCAUCAGCGUUAGCCAAGCUUGCGGCCCAGCCUGAUGGCGGUUGCAUCCGCACUGGGCCCUUCGACCCCCCCAGACCCCACCGCGAGACAGAACGCGUUCCAGCACAUGAUGGCGACUUCUGCUGCAUCAAGGGUGUUCCCGAAAAUUCGUUCGAGGCUUCCAGUGUCUCAUUGUGCAACUUCUUCAAGCGGAUCCUCCAAGAAAUCUGCUCCGCCCAAGCCAUCCGCGAAUCAAUCCAAGGCUCCCUCCAUAACUUCAUUUCUUACCGCCUCAUCCAGCACACCAACAGAUACGUCGCGAAGCCUCAAGUGGAGCCUCAAGUGGAGCCUGAAGUGGAACCGGGCGUACCGGAUGUAUUCUGGGACGAGAGAAGCCGUUACUAUCACGUAGACUACUGGGCGGGCAUGACAGCUUCCGACAUGAGAAGUGCGAUUGGGAGGAACAUAGAUUCUGAGGUAUUUCGGAGGAACACGCCUGGUUUCUCAGGAAAUAGGAAAAGUUCAACACCUGCCAUCGACGAUGAGGCUAGCGACAGUGCAGCAACAACGAACACGCCAAAGAAGGGGACAAAACGCAAGGCUGAGGUCUAUGAGCAGGAUAGCAUUGAGCAGGGGGGCGUUGAGAAGGAUGGCGUGAAGCAGGAUACUUGCUUUGAACAGGAUGGCGCUGCUAGAAGGAAGCGAAAGCAUAAGGGCUACAAAUAA